GCUCCCUCUUCCUUCUCCCUGCCCCCUUCAUUCAAGAGUCUUCUCCACCCUGCCUCCUCCAGGUCUCCCGAUGGGUAAGUGGGUUCUUAAGGCCAAAAAAGGACUAUCAAGUAUCUCAUUUGGCGACACGAGGCUGAGUCCUGCAGGAUAAUUGGAGUACAGUCAGUAUUAUUUGGGGUGAUUCCACUGAAAAUUGAAGGGGGGGCGAAUCCUCCCUUACGUUUGGGGGAGUCUGAUAAAGAAAACGGAGAGGGAGGGAAUGUGGAAUGUUCACCGUGGCCAGUGUCUCUCCAGCAUUUCCAUGGCAACAAUCCCCAGGGGUGUCACCAUGGAAAUCAGGCCCGGUGCUGGGAAGUUCAGUCUCUACCAGGUGCUUGGGGAAGCCGUAUGUCUUUGACCGUGUGUUCCCCCCAAACACCACUCAGGAGCAAGUCUACCACGCCUGCGCCAUGCAGAUUGUCAAAGAUGUCCUUGCUGGCUAUAAUGGCACCAUUUUUGCUUAUGGACAGACAUCUUCAGGGAAAACGCACACCAUGGAGGGGAAGCUGCAUGACCCCCAGCUGAUGGGAAUCAUUCCUCGAAUUGCCCGGGACAUCUUCAACCACAUCUACUCCAUGGAUGAGAACCUCGAGUUCCACAUCAAGGUUUCUUACUUUGAGAUUUAUCUGGACAAAAUUCGUGACCUUCUGGAUGUGACCAAGACAAAUCUGUCUGUGCACGAGGACAAGAACCGGGUGCCAUUUGUCAAGGGUUGCACCGAACGCUUUGUGUCCAGUCCGGAGGAGAUUUUAGAUGUGAUUGAUGAAGGGAAAUCUAAUCGUCACGUGGCUGUGACCAACAUGAAUGAACAUAGCUCUCGAAGCCACAGCAUCUUUCUCAUCAACAUCAAGCAGGAGAACAUGGAGACUGAGCAGAAGCUCAGUGGGAAGCUGUACCUCGUGGACCUGGCGGGGAGCGAGAAGGUGAGCAAGACCGGAGCCGAGGGGGCCGUGCUGGAUGAGGCCAAGAACAUCAACAAGUCACUGUCAGCCCUGGGGAAUGUCAUCUCCGCGCUGGCAGAGGGCACGAAAAGCUACGUUCCGUAUCGUGACAGCAAAAUGACACGGAUCCUCCAGGACUCCCUGGGAGGCAACUGCCGGACGACUAUGUUCAUUUGCUGCUCACCGUCCAGCUACAACGACGCAGAGACCAAGUCUACCCUGAUGUUCGGGCAGCGAGCAAAGACCAUUAAGAACACCGCCUCCGUGAACCUGGAGCUGACUGCCGAGCAGUGGAAGAAGAAAUACGAGAAGGAGAAGGAGAAGACCAAGGCGCAGAAGGAGACGAUUGCAAAGCUGGAGGCCGAGCUGAGCCGGUGGCGCAACGGAGAGAACGUGCCUGAGACAGAGCGCCUGGCUGGGGAGGAGGCCGCCCUGGGAGCCGAGCUCUGUGAGGAGACGCCCCUGAACGACAACUCCUCCAUCGUGGUGCGCAUUGCGCCCGAGGAGCGGCAGAAGUACGAGGAGGAGAUCCGCCGCCUCUACAAGCAGCUGGACGACAAGGAUGAUGAGAUCAACCAGCAGAGCCAACUUAUAGAGAAGCUCAAGCAGCAAAUGCUGGACCAGGAAGAGCUGCUGGUGUCCACGCGCGGGGACAAUGAGAAGGUCCAGCGAGAGCUGAACCACCUGCAGUCUGAGAACGACGCCGCCAAGGACGAGGUGAAGGAAGUUCUGCAGGCGCUGGAGGAGCUGGCAGUCAACUACGACCAGAAGUCCCAGGAGGUGGAGGAGAAGAGCCAGCAGAACCAGCUCCUGGUGGACGAGCUGUCUCAGAAGGUGGCCACCAUGCUGUCCCUGGAGUCGGAGCUGCAGCGGCUGCAGGAGGUCAGUGGACACCAGCGGAAACGCAUCGCCGAGGUGCUGAACGGGCUGAUGAAGGACCUGAGUGAGUUCAGUGUCAUUGUGGGCAACGGCGAGAUCAAGCUGCCGGUGGAGAUCAGUGGGGCCAUCGAGGAGGAGUUCACCGUGGCCCGACUCUACAUCAGCAAGAUCAAAUCCGAGGUGAAGUCUGUGGUCAAGCGGUGCCGGCAGCUGGAGAACCUCCAGGUCGAAUGUCACCGCAAGAUGGAAGUGACGGGGCGGGAGCUCUCCUCCUGCCAGCUCCUCAUCUCCCAGCAUGAGGCCAAGAUCCGCUCGCUUACGGAGUACAUGCAGAGCGUGGAGCUGAAGAAGCGGCACCUGGAGGAGUCCUACGACUCCCUGAGCGACGAGCUGGCCAAGCUCCAGGCCCAGGAAACUGUGCAGGAAGUCGCCCUCAAGGACAAGGAGCCAGACACGCAGGAUGCAGAUGAAGUGAAAAAGGCCCUGGAGCUGCAGAUGGAGACUCACCGGGAGGCACAUCACCGGCAGCUGGCCCGGCUCAGGGAUGAGAUCAAUGAGAAGCAGAAGACCAUCGAUGAACUGAGAGACCUGAACCAGAAGCUGCAGCUGGAGCUGGAGAAGCUCCAGGCCGACUACGAGAAGCUGAAGAGUGAAGAGCACGAGAAGAGCACCAAGCUCCAGGAGCUGACAUUUCUGUACGAGCGACACGAGCAGUCCAAGCAGGACCUCAAGGGCCUGGAGGAGACAGUUGCCCGGGAACUCCAGACCCUCCACAACCUUCGCAAGCUGUUCGUUCAAGACGUCACGACUCGAGUCAAGAAAAGUGCAGAAAUGGAGCCCGAGGAUAGUGGGGGGAUUCACUCCCAAAAGCAGAAGAUUUCCUUUCUUGAGAACAACCUGGAGCAGCUUACAAAGGUUCACAAACAGCUGGUACGUGACAAUGCAGAUCUGCGUUGUGAGCUUCCUAAACUGGAAAAACGACUUAGGGCUACGGCUGAGAGAGUUAAGGCCCUGGAGGGUGCACUGAAGGAGGCCAAGGAGGGCGCCAUGAAGGACAAGCGCCGGUACCAGCAGGAGGUGGACCGCAUCAAGGAGGCCGUGCGCUGCAAGAGCUCCGGCCGGCGGGGCCACUCUGCCCAGAUUGCGAAACCUGUCCGGCCCGGCCACUACCCAGCAUCAUCCCCUACGAAUCCCUACGGCACCCGGAGCCCUGAGUGCAUCAGUUACACCAACAGCCUGUUCCAGAACUACCAGAAUUUGUACCUGCAGGCUCCGCCCAGCUCCGCCUCAGAGAUGUACUUUGCCAACUCCUGUGCCAGCAGUGGGGCCACAUCUUCUGGCAGCCCCUUGGUCUCCUACCAGAAGGCCAACAUGGACAACGGAAAUGCCACAGAUAUCAACGAUAAUAGGAGUGACCUGCCCUGCGGCUAUGAGGCUGAGGACCAGGCCAAGCUUUUCCCUCUUCACCAAGAGACGGCCGCCAGCUAAUCCCCCUGCGGACUGCGGCAAACCUGCACUUUCAGUUUCUAAGAGGGACUGAGGCCUCUUCUCAGCAUGCUGCAAACCUGUGGUCUCUGAUACUAACUCCCUCCCCAGCCCUGUUGUUCAACUGUACUAUGUUUGUCUUCUCUUACUCUGUAUCUCUUUGUACUCUGUAUCUAUAUAUCAAAAGCUGCUGCUA